AAGUACGCAAGCGCGAAGUUUUAGCCCACUUGGUAGUAAAUAAGCCGCGCUUAUAUGUAUUUUGUUGUUUUUUCCAUUUAAUUUAGCUUUUGUUGAAAAGAGAAAAAAAAAAACAUUUUUGCAAUGAACGCAGCAAUUGUUAAAAAGACCCAAGACACGCUUGGAAAGGUGAUUAAGAAACCACCGCUGACUGAAAAACUGCUCAGCAAACCACCUUUUCGAUAUCUGCACGACAUCUUCACUGAGAUCAUCAGAACUACUGGUUUCCUGAAGGGACUCUACAAAGACAGUGAAUUGAAGUCAGAUAAUGUAAAGGACAAAGAGACUAAAAUCGCUUUUCUUCAGAAAGCUAUCGACGUCGUGACCCUCGUCAGCGGAGAGCCGAUUGCUGCAAAGCCGGCACGCAUUGUGGCCGGCCACGAGCCUGACAAGACUAACGAGCUGCUGCAGGCUAUUGCCAAGUGUUGCCUUAACAAGCUUUCAAGUGAGGAGGCAGUGAAACGAGUACUGUCCGGAGAUAAGGUGGACUUAAAAACUAAGGCCACGUCUAAGUCCCAAGACAAAGAAAAUCGAGAGGGACGUGAACAUCAGUCAGCGGAUCGAGAGAAGAGGAUCGAGCGCAGCGGGAGUAGAGAAGACAAGGACCCGGACCAUCCCAGAGAGUCGGAGAGGCAGCGUCGCGAUGUCGAACGAGACCACCGCCACGAACGAGAGCGUUCUGGCAAGAACCACCGGCGUGAACGGGACCAUGGCAAAGACGGCGACCAGGACAAGAGUCGCGAACGAACACGGGACAAGGAUAAAGACAAAGGGAGAGGAAAAGACAUAGAUAGGGAGAAAGAUAAAGACCAUGAAAGAGAUAAAGACAAGAGUCGAGACAGAAUACGAGAGAGAGAUUCUCAGCGGGAUGCUGAAAGGAGCAAGGACAAACGACGAGAACGAGACAAAGAGGCAGAAAGACGGAAAGAGAGUGAAGAAAAGAACCGAAGUGAAGAAAAGAACCGAAGUAAAGAAAGAGAGAGUAAUAAAGAUAGAAUUUCAGAAGGACCACAAAAACCCACUGAGGAAGAGCCCAGAAAACCAGCUGAGCUUCCACAAGCUGAACCAGAGCCAGCUGAUGAGCCUGCAGAGAGAGUUGAAAACCAGACCUCACAAGUUGACAGUCCAGCAAGAAUACCUCGGCCUUCUUCUGCUAAAGGACAACGGCGGAAACCUAGAGUUGCAGGACAAGAUGAAUCCGACAGUGAUGGCGAUGUUGAGCCUCCUAAGGACAGUGGGGAUCCUGCAGGUGCCACAUUUCCAUCUGAGAUCGCCUCCAGUAAGCGAACAGCACGGCCUGGCAGUGCUCGUCCGGCUCCUCCUCGAGUCAAGAAACAGGAAAGCUUCACUGAGGGGGUCCCUACUGAAAGGCUUUCUAGUGCCAAAUCUUCAGUCAUUAGGGAUGGAAAGAAGCCGUCUGAUGAUGAAGAUGAGGAAGACGAGCAGUUUCUUGUGGCUGAGGCGGCCCCUGAACCAGCAGAUGCUCAUGAGAAGGAAUCCGGACAAGCCCUCAAUAGUGACGAACAGCAUGGUGGACUCGUGAAAAAGAUCCUAGAAACCAAAAAAGAGUUCGAGCCGUCACCGUCCAUCAAAUCUAAAGAGAAGUUGUUAUCAGAAGAAGCCCGGAAGCAAGAGCAGGAUCUUGUCUCACGGGAGGUGGAGCGUCUGCGUGCGUCCAUUCAGUCUGUGUGUCAGAGCGCGCUACCAUUGGGGAAGAUCAUGGACUACGUACAGGAGGACAUCGACGCCAUGCAAGCGGAGCUGCAGAGCUGGCGCAGGGAGAACAAGGAACAUGCGCAAGCUUUGUUAGAAGAGCAGAGAGCGACAGAAUGGGCGUUAGAACCCCUUAAGGCAGAACUUCAUGAACUAGACCAAAAGAUCAAAGAUUACCAGGACAUCAUUUGUACAAAGAGGUCUAACAUACUGAGAAAUGAAGAGAAGAUUCAGAAGAAGCUGACUGGAAUCAUAUCCUCCUCUUCCUCGAACUGAAGUGCGAAAUCUACCCCUGUCAUUUGGAAAAUAUUGAAAAAAACUUGUUCGCGCUUGAAAUGCAUAGCAAAUCUCUAUUCUAUAGCGAAUAGUUGAAAAUACAAAACAGAUUCCAAAAAAGUAAGGCGAUUAUACAAAUUGUGGAUAAAAACCUAAUACAAUGAUGUGGGGGUGCCAGAUUUCCAAAUUAAAUCAACAUAUUUUUCCCUUAUAAUUAUAUAUUUUCUCAGCUAAAACUUUUGAUGUCAUUGAUGUUCUAUUUUGAAUAAAAUAUUGAAACAUCCUUCAUCCACAUCAUUGCAUUGUUUUAAUUCACAAUUAAGUGUUGCAUCUCAACUUUUUGUGAAUCUGUCUUGUAUUUUUGAUCAAAACAUUUCACAUUAAAAAAAGGGUGAUAAUUAGUAAAUUAGGUGCUAGCUAACAGGUAUCUUGUAUAUUAACAACAUUGCAGGUACUAAGUCAUCUCUUUGCCAUACCACAAUAUAGAGCCUACCCACCGACGUCAUAAAACCACGUGCUCGCUGUAUGGUUCCGCCCACUUGUCCGUCAUUUUGUCUCUGUAUUAGCAUUGGUUUCAAUUGAUCGAGGAAUUUAAAAUGCAUUUCAUGGAAGACCCGGUGCUUUCUGAUGCCGUAAACUCACUGGAUGUGUUGCAUAAAAGGCGUUAUGUGGAAAAGCUUCGUUCUAUACAGUCGCCAGAUCCGUAUUUGAUGCCUAAAUCGAUGAUUUUUGACCGGCUGCCUUCGCCGUCUCUGCCUGACCCUGAUAUUUACAACUAUCUUGUCCACACAAAAUCAGCCUAUUCUCACGAAAGUUUGAAAAACUUUAAGAGCUUGGAGGCUUAUAAAUGCUACGUUGCUGGUUGGGUGAAACAGGUUCUCGUACACGAAAAUUCGGCAGGAAUCUUGUGCUCGGAAGGUGAGUUACGAAAUUUUCAAUUCAAAAUCUUUUGUUCUUGCUAACAUCCACUGUCAAGUCUAAUGUAUUUCAUGUCAUUUGUCAAUGGAGCUAGGGCUUUUAAUGUUUAUAUGGUUUAGCGAUAGCACUCUCACGACAUACAUACGUGUAUGUUGUCGGCGAUUAGCCUAGCAAUGAUCUUAAUUGUGGUUAUUUGUCAGCUCCGUAGACGAGGCCAGUUUCUUUCACUUGGUACCAGCUAAAUAUUAUUCAAAAAAUAACGAUGGUGGAAGAAAGGUAAGUCACAAACAUCUUGAAUUUGAAACUAUGUCGUACUACGUCGUAUGUUGUCGGCGAUUAGCCUCGCAAUGAUCUUAAUUGUGGUUAUUUGUCAGCCCAAAACCCCCUAAGUAUAUCUUAAAUGCAUCUUACCGGAUAUAAAAUGACCACUACAUAGUCUGUGGUGAUUUUUUGGUGCCCAGUUUUCACGUCGAAUUGCAGCCGUCCAUUUCGCUCUCCUCUUUGGAUCCCUCGGAAUACGGUAAAACUUCAAGUCUCUCCUUCCAUCUUCUCUGUUAGUGCAACCAACAGCCACACACGCCUUCACCAUUUUGAUUAUUAAUGUUAAGGAGCAGAAAAACACGCCGUAAAUAGGAGAAAUGUACGUAGCCGUAACAGGUUAACACUAUGUUUUGACGGACAAGUGGGCGGUACCAUUCAGGAGAGCGGAGCUGUGACGUCACGUGGGUAGGGUCUAUAGCACACUUACCCAACCACUAUAGAACAGCAACACAAUGAUGACCGUUAUAUAAACACUGUUUAUUGGUCGAAUUUUUCAUUUUGCGGGGAACUUUUGACCCGGCAACCCUGAUAUCCCAGUACUCCAAAAUUAGCAAUAAUGAAUGCUUUCUUCCAUUUUUAAGAUUAUUUGCCAGUAUUGAGAUCUUUUCUAAAAGUACACUACGCAUAAUUGGAUCCUGCUAACAAAAAGGUAACUCCUCGACCUCCUUGCUGUAAUACUGGAUGUUUAUCGAUCUCUUUAUUAUUCAAGUUGCAGAGCUGGCCGGUGUAUAACACUAAAUGGCCUCCCUUCUAUCUAAUAAUAUGGUAAAAGAUCAUUUUCGUCUUCUAUUCCAAAUAUUGUAUCAUCUCACACGCUUUUUUCCAGCAAUAUUUCAAUUUUUUAUGUCGUGUUUGUUUUCGGGUCCACUUUUCAGGCACAGCUGCACUUUGAUGUGUGUAAAUAGUGAAGUUAGUGUUUAUUAUAUUUUUUUAAUAACACUGUCAGAGUCUAUAAACUUAUACAUUACGAGUAAAUGUGCUUUUAGGCAAAGUUAAAUACUAUCAUGGCAAACUUAUUAGUUGAAGUAGAUUGGUACUCAACCAAUUAAAAUGAGAUCUUUGAGGGGAAAAAAAUAUUCUACUGUAUUUGACAUACCUGUAUAUUUUAUAUACUAGUAUUGCUCAAAUGUAUUACAGUGAUCCAACGUUUAUCGUGGUUAAUGAGGACACGCGCGAUAAUCAAAAAUCCAUGAAGUAGAGACGGAGCUUAUUUCCUUUUUUUUGUGUGUCUGUGUUCAAUUCAUUCAGCUUUAGCAUUGGAAAGAUACAUAUGACAUGUUUUUGCUUUUUUUUUCUCCAAGGUAGAAUUAAAAAAAAAAAAAAAAACAUGUUACUGUCCCAUCAAAUUAUUUUUAAACAAGAAUAACGUAACAAAAAUGCUUGUCUUUAUUGGAUGCUUCAUUGAGUGAGUCCACUCAAAUCCGCUCACUUACACGCAGUGAGUCGCCGCAGCCCACUACCGCUAGUAUUUAACAAGGUCAAUGAGCUCAUACAUUCGGCGCCUUUCAAGGUAGGCGCUCUCAAGCUUCUCUGGCAAGAUCAAAGCUUCAGAGCUGUCACUCAUCAUUAACUUUAACAAGCAGCUGCUUGGUGAGCAAGGAAAGCAGCAGAAGGGAGAGGUGAGAGGCUGUACGUGAUCGGAUCAGGACAGCUCUAUAGACCCUACUCACCAACGUCACAGAAUGACGUGUCGCUGUAUCCGGCCGCCAUAUUGUCCGUCUCUGUUUAGCCCUAUUCUCAAUGGUUUCAAUUAGUCGUUCAGUUUAUAGAGCAAUUCAUGGAAGCCCCGGUGCUUUCAGACGCUGUAAACUCAUUGGAUGCGUUGCAUAAAAGGCGUUAUGUGGAAAAGCUUCAGUCUAUCCAUUCGCCAGAUCCAUAUUUGAUGCCUAAAUCGAUAUUUUUCGACCCGCUGUCUUCGCCCUCUCUGCCUGACAUCUGCUACCCUGUUAUCUACAACUAUCUUGUCCACACAAAAUCAGCCUAUUCUCACGAAAGUUUGAAAAACUUUAAGAGCAGCACUCUAAGCAACAUUACCCUGUGUGAUUUCUAAAAUGGCGACAAUCAAAAAAAAAAAAGUUGACAGCGAUGGCCGACGCUUCAAGGAUAGGUGGAUAUUGGACUAUUUCUUCAAUAAAACACACAACAACUGUGUCUGCCUCAUUUGCAAAGAGACAGUCGCUGUUUUCAAAGAGUUCGAUGUGACGCAAUAUUACUAAACAAGACACGCUGACAUGUACGACAACAUUACAGGGAAAAUACGCAGCGAGAAAUUAUAGCAACUUGAAGCUAGUUUAUUUUUUCACAGCAGCAGUAUUUCGCAAGAGUUCGAGUGUCGAAAGAGAAAGCCACAAAGACGAGACUGUUGAAAUUAUGAAUUUAAAAAAAUAAUAAAACAAAUGUGACACACAGAAGGGCUUGCUAAAAUUUGUUUAGAUAUAUUGUUCUAUGUAAAUCAGCCAAGGUAGCCACCCGCAUUUUUACCACACCAAAUCUGGCCCCCUUUGCAAAAGGUUUGGACACACCUGUUUAACUGAUGAUCCGUAGACGAGGCCAGCUUCUUUCACUUGGUACCAGCUAAAUAUUAUUCAAAAUGUAAUGGUGGUGGAAGAAAGAAGCAUCUUGAAUUUGAAACUGUAUGUUGUCGGCGAUUAGCCUCGCAAUGAUUUUAAUUGUGGUUGUCAGCCCAAAACCUUCUAAAUAUAUAUUAAAUGCAUCUUACCAGAUAUAAAAUGACUACUACAUAAUCCAUGGUAAUCGUUUGGAGCCCAGUUUUCUCGUUGAAUUGCAGCAGUCCAUCUCCUCUCCAGGUCUCUCGGAAUAAGGUAGAACUUCAAGUCUCUCCGUCUAUCUUCUCUGUUAUUGCAACCAACCGCCACACACGCCUUCACCAUUUUGAUUAUUAAUGUUAACGAGCAGAAAAACACGUCAUAAUAGGAGGAAUUUAAGUAGCGGUAAUGCUAAAAUCCGACGAGUAGACGGACAACAUGGCACGGAGGCGUGGUUGUGACGUCAUGUGAGUAGGGUCUAUAAGAUACUGUAAGAUGUAUAAGAUCUGCGAUGGACUGAGGGCGCGAAGUUUGAAGCACUGGCGAGGGAUCACUGUACACUACAUUUUUAGUCCUAUGAAGUCUACUGUUGUGAGUGUACGUGUGAAUGGUCAGUUGCCAUGCAAUUAUCAGGCGACUGGUUAAGCCCCUACCUACCCCUACCUAGGUAAACUGGGAUAGCCUUCAAGUUUGCAGUUAAAUUUUAAAAUCAUGUACUCAUGGAAUUGUAAACAUGGCCAAAAAAAUUAAUCUAGUUUUUAUUUUUAUUCAUAUAUCUGAUCUAAACCACAUUUUCAUAUUGUUUAACACAAUAGUAAUUGCAAAAUAGAAAACAUCUGAGCUCACUUUUAAAUGUUUUGUCAAAAGUUAUAUUUACUUGGGUAGUACAAACAAUAAUAAGGAAGUGUCUUGGUGCCACACCAGAAUAAAACAAAUAAAAAGUCAGUUUCUUGUUUAUGACGACAGUGAUACAGGUGAUUGGGUGGAUCGUCCUUUGAUUGAGGGUUCAAAUCCGGCUGCCGCUUGUAUGCAUUGUCAUCAUGUUCUUGAGCAAGGCACUUCAUCCUAGUGGCUUCCAGUGAUGUAUGAAUAAAUGCAUGCUUGAAUGUGAACACACGUAAAGUCCUUUGUGACGCCUAUCUGACAUGUGUUGUUAUAUAAGAAUGCUACAGAUUUCCUGUUUUAAUGUGGUUUUACAUUUUUGACAUGAGUUUGUUUUUAUGUGAUAGGUUUUACGUCUGCAUUUAGCAAAAUAAAACGAAGGCAUUCCGUCUGCUUCAGAUCACUGUCAUAUCUACUGAAGGUACUGUGUUUGUCUUGUUUUGUGUCUAAUGAAUUAUUGUUACUUGCUAUGUAACUACGCUGCUCAUCUGACAGCUGUAACACUGUAAAAUAUAAAAAAUGGGUUGUUUUUUUGUUGUUGUUGUUUUGCUAAAUGCAGAAAUUAGUUAUGCUUCUAUGUGAAUCUUAGCACAUUAAAGUGUUUACCACAUCAUAAGGUCAUAAUUAACUUUUUCUGGUGUGGUAUCAAGUAUUCUUCCAUAUAAUAUGUGUAUUGUAAAGUAAUUAUGGACAAUGUAUAUUCUGUACAUGUGGAGAUUGUAUUAUAGCUCAUAUAAUUUUGUUUUUUGUAGUGAAGUAAAGCAAUAAAUGGCUGCCAUA